AUGGCGGAGCAACAACCACCGUCGCCUUUCCAUCAGUUCGUGGCCGGUCCUCCAUCAAAAUCUCGAUCAUCAUCGAGCAAGAGAUACUCCUUCUCCGGAGCUCAACAUCCGACCUGCCACCGUCUCUUCCCCUGUCAGUACUGUCCCCGCAAGUUCUACACCUCUCAAGCUCUCGGCGGUCACCAAAACGCUCACAAACGCGAACGCGCCGCCGCUCGCCGCAACCUCGGCGUCGUUUCUCAUUCUCCAUCCAUCCUCGACGACAACACAUUGUUUCGUCCUUAUCCUUGUUUUUACCCUAACCCACCUCAAGGAUCCACUUCCGCAGCCGGGCCCUGGACCGGACCGGAUCAACAGCACCAGACGACGAUGAUGAUGAGUGGGUACGACCCGUAUCCGUAUCCGUAUGGUUACCCAUUUGGAAUUUCCAGCAACGGAAACGGAGGCAUAAUGGAGGAAGACGAGCCUCUGGAUCUUUCUCUGCGUCUUUGA